AUGGUUGGCCUAGGGUCGAGUGAUCGAGGAUGUAAUUCCUUUGAUGUUUGUGUGGUGGCACGUGAAACUACACCGAGUGCAGUCGGUCGUGAGAGCACCGCCUUUAAUUUCGGCAAUGACAUUGUUGGUCAUAGGCCAUUUAGUGUGGGCGGCCGUGAAGGCACCACGCUUAACGUCGGUAAUGGCGUUGUUGGCGAUACGCCGUAUAGUGUGGGCGGCCGUGAGGAAACCACACCUAAUGUCAGUAAUGAUAUUGUUGGCGAUACGCCAUUUAGUGUGGGCGGCCGUGAGGGCACCACACCUAAUGUCGGUAAUGACAUUGUUGGCGAGACGUAG